AUGGGCCUUGUCUGCAUUAUGGUAAGGAGAAACGGGAGAAUGCUUCAGGGUGGUCUUUAUUGCCUUUCCCUUGGGCUAAGCCAACACAAAGUCCUUCUGGAGACUCAAGCCCCACAGCAGGAGAUGCUGGGAGAUGCUGAGUUACUGCUGUCCCACCCACUUCCUCCUCAGGAGCCCCGCCCCACUCCUUCCUGCGCUCAGGCUGAGAAGAAAGCCAAGGUGAUUGCAGUAAUGAAUGCUGUCGAAGAAAACCAGGGGUCCACCGAGUCUCAGAAGGUGGAGGAGGCCAGUCCUCCUGCUGUGCAGCAGCCCACCGACCCCACAUCCUCCACUGUGGCCACCACGCCUGAGCCCGUGGGGGCUGAUGCUGGGGACAAGAACACCACCAAAGCAGCUGAUGAUCAACCGGAGUACGGGGACGGCCGGGGCUUUGGCAUUGGGGAGCUGGUGUGGGGGAAAUUGCGGGGCUUCUCCUGGUGGCCAGGCCGCAUUGUGUCUUGGUGGAUGACGGGCCAGAGCCUAGCAUCAGAAGGCACCCGUUGGGUCAUGUGGUUCGGAGAUGGCAAGUUCUCAGUGGUGUGUGUGGAGAAGCUGAUGCCGCUGAGAUCCUUCUGCAGCGCCUUCCGCCAGGCCACCUACAACAAUUAUCCCAUGUACCACAAGGCCAUCUACGAAGUACUGCAGGUGGCCAGCAGCCGAGCGGGGAAGCUGUUCCCGAUGUGCCACGACAACGAGAGCGACACUGCCAAGGCCGUGGAGGUGCAGAACAAACAGAUGAUCUAGUGGGCCCUGGGAGGGUUCCAGCCCUCUGGCCCCAAGGGCCUGGAGCCCCCAGAAGAGGAGACGAACCCCUACAAAGAAGUUUACACAGACAUGGGGGCUGAACCCGAGGCAGCUGCCUAUGCACUGCCUCCACCAGCAAAAAAGCCCUGAAAGAGCACAACUGAAAAGCCCAAGGUCAAGGAGAUAAUUGAUGAAUGCACAAGAGAGCGGCUGGUGUACGAGGUGUGGCAGAAAUGCCGGAACAUCGAGGACAUUUGCAUCUCUUGUGGAAGCCUCAACGUCACCCUGGAACACCCUCUUUUCAUCAGAGGAAUGUGCCAAAACUGCAAGAACUGCUUCCUGGAGUGUGCGUACCAGUAUGAUGAUGACGGCUAUCAGUCCUACUGCACCAUCUGCUGCGGGGGACACGAGGUGCUCAUGUGCAGGAACAACAAUUGCUGCAGGUGCUUUUGCGUUGACUGUGUGGAUCUCUUGGUGGGGUUGGGAGCUGCGCAAGUAGCCAUUAAGGAAGACCCCUGGAACUGCUACAUGUGCGGGCACAAGGGCACCUAUGGGCUGCUGCGGCGGCGAGAAGACUGGCCCUCUCGGCUUCAGAUGUUCUUCGUCAAUAACCACGACCAGGAAUUCGACCCUCCGAAGGUUUACCCACCUGUCCCAGCUGAGAAGAGGAAGCCCAUCCGGGUGCUGUCCCUGUUUGAUGGAAUCGCUACAGGGCUUCUGGUGCUGAAGGACUUGGGCAUUCAGGUGGAUCGCUGCAUCGCUUCUGAGGUGUGUGAGGACUCCAUCAUGGUGGGCAUGGUGCAGCACCAAGGGAAGAUCAUGUACAUCGGGGACGUCCACAGCGUCACACAGAAGCAUAUCCAGGAGUGGGGCCUGUUCGAUCUGGUGAUUGGGGGCAGUCCCUGCAAUGAUCUCUCCAUCAUCAACCCUGCCCGCAAGGGACUCUACGAGGGCACUGGCCGGCUCUUCUUUGAGUUCUACCGCCUCCUGCAUUAUGCACGGCCCAAGGAGGGAGAUGAUCACCCCUUCUUCUGGCUCUUUGAGAAAGUGGUGGCCAUGGGUGUUAGUGACAAGAGGGACAUCUCGCGAUUUCUCGAGUCCAACCCUGUGAUGAUUGAUGCCAAAGAAGUGUCAGCUGCACACAGGGCUCGCUACUUCUGGGGGAACCUUCCUGGUAUGAACAGGUCGUUGGCAUCCACUGUGAAUGAUAAGCUGUAGCUGCAGGAGUGUCUGGAGCACGGCAGAAUAGCCAAGUUCAGCAAAGUGAGGACCAUUACUACUAGGUCGACCUCCAUAAAGCAGGGCAAAGACCAGCAUUUCCCCGUCUUCAUGAAUGAGAAAGAGGACAUCUUAUGGUGCACUGAAAUGAAAAGGGUGUUUGGCUUCCCUGUCCACUAUACCAACGUCUCCAACAUGAGCCGCUUGGCGAGGCAGAGACUGCUGGGCCGGUCGUGGAGUGUGCCCGUCAUCCGCCACCUCUUCGCUCCGCUGAAGGAAUAUUUUGCUUGUGUGUAA